AUGAGCUCGCCGCAGAAGAAGACCGCCGCCGCAACAGAGGGUAACCUCUCUGUUGCUCAGUACCAUGAGCGCCAGCAGGUAAAGCGCGACGCGCUCGCUGCAAAGGCCGCGUCGGGGACAACUCAACCAGAGAUUGUCCUCGAAGGUUCUUCUGUAGUCAACGACGCCGUUGACUUCGAGGACGGCGACGUGGAGAUGGAAGAGGGCGAGGCCUCUUCUAGCAAGCGCAUGGAGUCUAUCGACAGCGAUAGUCUCGACCCGCAUGCCGGGUCGAGACGCCCUCGUGAAGGAGACGACUCGGACGCUUCGAGCUCAAAGCGUUCGCGCGGCGAGAGCGACACUCCGCUCUCUGCUGCUGGGGCUUUAAGCUCUCCGCGUGAGGUGGCGCCUUCAAGCUCUCCGCGCGCUGCUCAGGCAGCGCGCGAUCCGUGGAUGCCGUCUGCCUCAGAGAUCGCAGACCGUGUGGGCAACACUGUGCCUCCAAACGAAAUCCCGCUGUACGUAUGCAGCGGUAUCCACGACGAUGCUGUGGCGGAGGAGCAGCACUUCGAUCCGUUAACGAAUCCAAGGCGCGAUUACUAUAUCGGACUCUUUCACGAGCUCCGAUACUUCUCCAGCAAGAAGACCUCUUCUCGCAGCAAAGUGCCUGAGUGGCAGGCACUUUGUCAAAGUUGGAAUGCUUUUGUUGAGAACUUCAACAAGAAGCCGGCUGCUUACCGUGAGCGGGUUAAGCACGCCCGUGAACACUUCGAGACAUUCUCGACGCGCGGGAGGUUGGAGCAGCUCCACAGAUCCUCUGUGGACGCUGGUAUUCCAUGCGCUGUGCCCGAAGGCCAUCAGUGCACGUUGUGUCUUCCGGGUGCGGUGCGCUUGAGCGACCGCGACCUAAACGGGUACACGACGAUUCGUGUACCUGAGAGUCUCAAGGAUCUCCGUGCCAAGUUCUUGGCACGCGAGGAACGCGACGAUCGUGGGACCUCGGGCGCUGUAGGUGACCACAGCUCUCGCACUACCUUCGCGUCGGCACGUGUUGAGCCGCGGGCGUCGCGGAUCGGAGGCGGCGGUGGUGGGAACACGCCCUGGGUAUGGUCAACCUGGGGUGACCUUGGCCCGACGCUCGAGGAGCGGGUCGCUGCUGUGGAACAGCAUCAGAGCCGGGAGUUCACCGCUCUGAAGCAGGAGGUGGCGAUCCUGAGGGCUCAAGUCGCUCAGGCUUCGCAGACCGCGUCGGACAUCUCUGUCGACGUGGGAGGUCGCGUCGCACGCUUGGCCCAGCGCGUUCACGCGCUGGAGCAGAGGUUCGCUCCCGCUGGGGCUUCCGCUUCGAGCCAGCCGAGCUAG